AGUACAGUCUGGCACACUAACCGAGCUGGAGUGGGGCAGGAGAGCAGCGAGAGAAGAGUCCGGCCGGGUCCGCCGCAGUCUCGAGUGCGCCGAGCGUCGUCGGCUUGAGAGCAUCGACAAAUGUCCCGCGAUUCCCUCUCUAUACACUCAGAAACGUACAUCACAAAGAUAGAUUGAUGACUCGCGUGUCGCUCGGACUCGUCGCUGCGGAUGACUGGAGGAAGUGGAGUCUCGUGGGACUCGAGUGAUUUGCGUGCUUGUUUUCUUAUCGGUGCAGUUUCCUUCUUUCGCCGAUCGCUGCAUCCUAUACAGCCAGUCAGUAUGGAGUGAGAGACUAGACGGUGCCACUUUUACGGAACACUCGCGCGCAGCUGGUCUUCUAACACCCCCUCCGGGGACUGAUCCGCGGCUGAUACGAGUAACAGAACUCAGCCGAUCGCCUCCCGAAACCAUAUCCCUCAAAGCAUCAAAAGGAAGUAGAGGCGAGAAUCACAUGAGCGCCGUCAUCGGGAUGCGGUGAUGGCGCUUCUCUACAGAUUCGCCCAACUGCCCGACCGCAGUGGCACACGAGUCUUCUCGUUCGUCGUCACCAGAAGCGUCGUACGAGAUCCCGAGCGCGACGUCACCAGCAAGGAGCUCGUAUGCGGCUUUCAAAGAUGGGCCGUCGCUUUCUCGCGGGGCGACAAGGUGCUCGGAGUCUACCUCGUCUGGCGAGGAGCAGCCCCUGGUCUGCGAGUCUACGUCGACUUCACCUUCACCCUCCUCAACCGCGAGCAUUUCUCCGUCAACGAGGGCUUCAGCGGCAAACGCGUCAAGUUCACUUACGAGGCGCCGGCUCAGGGCAAUCGGAGCUACAUAUCGGUCUCGGAUCUGUACAGUAGGAACUUUGCCGAUCCCAAUGGCGAGUUUCAACUCGAGCUUUCCAUGGCCAACGUCCGGACGGUUUUCAGCAGCGAGGUCGGGAUACCGCCUACUAUCGCUACCACUAUCGACUCUGACUCUGUUCGGAUGCCAUCGAGCGUCUUCAGUCCCGGUCAGUCGAAGCCGACGAAACUGGAGACGGCCUACUUCACGUUUGGCGGCUUCGAUUGGAACUUGGUGGUCUACCCGCACGGCAACAAGGAGAACGAGGCUCGAUCUCAGGAGGGACGGUUGAGCGUAUACCUGGUGCGGUUGACGGGUUUCGACCACCGAUGUCGAGUCCGGUACAUCGUGAGCUUGGGCGAAGGCGAACACCCGGUGGAGUCGGGUCCGAUCGAGGAUCUGUCCGACGCCGAGGGUCGAGGUUUCGGUUGGCAACCUAGGGUUCGCUGGUCGGACGUCGCCAGGAAAGGCGUCCUAAGGCUCUCCCUCGAGAUGCUCGAGGCUCGCACGAUAUCCGAGGUUUCGGUUCAGGCCCUCGGACCCGGGGCUCUGCCCGCCACCCCCUGCUACGACCGGGACAAACAGGCCUGGGCCAUCAGGGCGGACCUGCACUCGGAUACCGUUAGGUUGCACCUGGUUUACAAGGACAUCAACAAUAUACCUAGGAACCACCUCAGGUACGUCAGCUGGACGGCAUACCUGAUAAGGGGCGAGGAGCCGGACACGGAGAUCGUUAAUCUGCCAGGUGCGCCGUUCAGUCGGUACUACGCUCAGGACGAGGCGGACGAGGGCAUUAUCAUGGAGACGUCGCUCGGCGUGAACGAGGUCAAAGACGAGAACUGUCCUUUCGUGACGGAGAAGGGCCAGAUACGCGUGCGGCUCGAGUGGAACGAGUGUCACCUGCUAUUCCAGUCGACCUAUCACAAGUACGACGACGUCUGUCGCAUUCACAAUCAGCAGAUGCGCCGUGAAAUCGCUGCCCUCCAGGCCGAGAACUAUUCACUCGAGCGACAGAUAUUCAGCUACCAGAAGAGCCUUGCCUACGCACAGGCGCAGCAGCAGCAACAGCAAACGCCGUCGACGCCGGUUCACCAUCCGCCCAACCAGCAUCAACCGGGCCACCUCGAGAGAUCGGCGUCAACGGACACCGAGUACGCCUGACGCGUAGACCGUCUCCUCGGCCAGCAGGCGUCGGGUCGACGCCAACUCCCCAGCAGUCCUCUCAGGCAACCAGCCGGCGGUGGUCUGCCGUUGAACGAUCCUCGGGUUCACCAGAACCUCGUCAACAUGAUGGACCGACGUCUGAGCAACGUCCAACUCAUGCAGCGCACCUCGCGCUCCAACUCGGCUCAGAGCCAAACCAGCGGCGACGAGACCACGGUCUACUACAGCAGCAUCGUUCGUCAGCCUCUGCGCAGCAACUCCCAGACCAGCCAGGCCGCGGUCAACCCGCCUCAACAUCAACAGCAGCGUCAACGUCAGCAUCAGCAACGGUCCAGCAACGGCUUCUACUACUACCAGCAGCAGGUGGGCUUCAACAAGCAUCGGCGGACCACGUUCUGGGAGACCCUCACGGGACUCGUUUGCUCGCUAGGCGCCCUAGCCACUAGGGCGGCCAAGAUGGCUGCCAGGAGGGCAGAGCCCCUUUGAGAUUGGCAGCCGCGCAGGACUCGCGCGCCGGGUUGAUUCGACACGUUGAUUCGCGCACUCGCUUAGGCUAUGCAUUCAAGCAGGGGACGGUUAUACACGCGGAAAAAGGUAUACAUAUACAUGAUGAUGAUAUAACAGACUAGGGAUAUAAAAGGACGCACGCAGAAAAAAAUCAAUCGUUGCUUUUUUCCACUGUCGUCCGUUUGCGGUAUCAGCGCUUUUCGUAAUAAUUAUUGUGUGCGUGUAUACUCUAUUCGGUUAAUUCGUACGUCGGUGUGUUUUUUCAUCAACAUUUACUACGCAACUUUCUUUCGCUUCGUAUAUGAACACACGACUAAUAUUGUAUAAGGCUUGUAAGUCACUCCUUUAUUGCAAUGGCCGGAUGACGCGAGACGUUUGGUCUGGAAGUACGUAUACUCUGUGUUUUUUCAUUUCACUCUUCGCUAACGUUUUAGAAAUAUUCUAUCUCAAUAUCCAAUCCAAACGUUUCACGCUGUUAAGUCAACAAUUCCGCGCGACUUUUUUCUGCGUGUAGAUGUAAAAUUUACGAUCGUAUACACAUGAUCUCGCAAGUGCGCCUCUCGGCUAUGUGAGUUUAUUCUCUAUUGUAUCACGUAUAUUGCUUCCACAUCCACGACACACACUAUAUCUGCACUGCUCGCAAGUAUACCUAUAUAUCUCUAAAACGUACACGCGGCGCUUAAUUCAGUGGCGCGACGAAUCUCGAUGUAUAGACUGCGGGAAAUUGCCGCGAGUGUGGAGAGACCAAAGAGAGACGUCGGGGCGAGUACCUGUGAAUUGUUCGAUAAUGAUCCAAAGAAAAAAAAAUUAAAACAGAAAAAAAUAAUAAUAACAAAAAUAAAACACAACAGGUGACGUGGGUGAAAAAUGAGAGGCAGAGAGAUGGAGAGGGAUUUUAAAACGAGGCACAUUGACGCACUGACAAAACGAUGUCUUGAUAUUUUUAAACCGUAUGUAUUGUACUACUCUCUGUAUAUUUACGCGAAGUGUGUGAAAGUAAUAAGGAAACGAUAUAUGCUGCAAUGACAAAAAAUGAAUCAGGAAUUGAUGAAAUUUUAACUGAUAUAUAAGCUUAUUAUUAGUUUAACGAUAUGUGACGAUUGAAUAAUAUUGUACAUGAGUUUUUAUAAUAAGUACGUGUAUUUAAUUUCGACUGAAUUAGAUAAUUCUGCUGAUGUGUACACAAAUGCAUUGACAUAUAACGAGAAGACAUACGUUUGUUAGUGUGCGGAGGAGCAACGAAAAAUGUAAAAGAGCGAAUCGUUUGACGCGACUGCGAGUAUAUACGUCAAAACUUUGAACGAGAAGUUUCCCUCUAAGCGUCUCCUGAUCUACUUGUCAAUUCACGGGAAUAACUUAUUUUCCUCUAAAGACUCUUUUUCACCUAAGUCAUCCCCUAAUAGGAAAGCAGAAUGACGAACAAAAAAUAAAUAACACGUCUUGAUAAACGAAAAUCCGUACGUAGAUCCUGAGAGAACAACUUCGAUUUUAAAGAUAAAACUGCAAAAAGUUGACAAAAAAAAAAAAUAAAAAUAAAAGUACCCAUAAAUACACACACGAUCGAUAUACAUAUAUAGGCUAUUAUAUAUAUGCGAUCGCAUCUCGGCGUGCGUAUACAUAUACAUACAUAAGUUUAACGAUUAAAUGAGAAAAAUAUAAAUAUAAGAUAAUCUACUAUUGUAGCGAAGCAUAAGUGUAUUAGCAAAAGUCCGAAUACUGCGAGGAAUGCAGCUUUUUAUGGGGAAACUCGGUACGCUCAUUUAGGUUGUCAUUGUGCAGCGCGCCGCGCAGAAGCAGUUUUAAACUUUAGAUAAUAAAACUUGUACAUCAUCUAACUCGUGACAGAAAUUUAAAAAAAGACAAGGGGAAACUAUCACGCGCCUCUUGAGUAAUAAUCGACUAGAAUCCAUCGAUUAGAUUUGUCCGUAGCUCUAUACUGACUCUCUUGUUUUUGAAUUUAAGAUUAUGAUCGUGUACCUCAAACUGACUUAAGGAAAAUGCCUACAAAAAAAGUUUGUUUUAAGAGAGUGAAUAUACCGAAAUACGUAAUUCAUUCGGUCUUUUACGCAUGAUUUAUAAUUUCCAUCGAAUUAACGAUCUAUCAAAAGUUUCGCUGAAAAUGCAUAUCCAGUCAUUGUAAUGAAUUCUAGAAAAAAAAAAAUAAGUACGUCUACUACUAUUACACGAGUUUUUUCAAAGGCACACACGCAAUUCGUAUACAACUCGUGUACAACGUUGUAUUAUUGUAAAAUUCUUGUAUGGAGUUUUCUACGAUUUCCUGCACUUAUUUCACACGCAUUAUGUUACAUAAGCAGACUUUGAAUAUAACUUGAAGAUGCAGAAAAAAUGAGGGGAUAUUUUUAUCGCUGAGAAAAAAAUGCAUACACAUGUUUUCCGUCGUUGUAACGAUCGUGCAAAUCUUCCAAGUUUGUAACGAGAAAAGCGGAAGAGAGAAAGAGAGUUGAGAUGAAAAUGUCCCGCUGUACAAACCGCAGCAGAACUAGACGUCGCAAAUUGCGAUACAGCAGAGCGUAUCGAUCGCCCACACGACUAAAUACCAUGAAGCUGCAAUUCGAGAGGACAAACCGCACACGAUCGAUCCGUCGUUAUGUCUCUCUGUCUCUAUUUCGCUUUUCUUUUUAUCCUUAUGCCAAUGUAUCGGGUAGUAACGAGAACGACACACACACUGCUGCGUGUCGAUGAUUUUAGACGGAGUUUUCUAUACGCUCGCAGUUACUUGGGUUCUUUUGUCAGUCAUUGUUCGAUGAUGUAAACAUGCAGUGGUAACUGAUGAGCUUCUGGGAAAAAAGUACACAUUCAAUUGCGCGUUUGUACGAAACGCAUAUUUUGGAAUUGGAUACAUGCAUGACUUUUUUCACUUUCUCAAAAAACGAUGGAUGUAUACAUUAACUAUAAGGUACAUUAUAAUAUUAUAAAGUAAUUUUUCAACGAUUAUCGUAUAAUUAGAUUUUUCGUGUAGGUAUUACAUUAUACUGUACAUCUUUGUUUCCUCUUGACGAAGUCGCUAUAUCAAUAUUAUAUAGACACACACCUACUACGUGCGAAUACGUACGGAGAGAAAAAAGGAGAUGAAUUUUGUGCGUGCGCAAAAGUAUUCCAUUAAAUUAUUACAAAUAUAGAGAGUCAAAUGUAGGAAUGUGUUCUCUUCCUUGAAUUUUUUAAAUAAAACGAUUCAAUGUAUUGUUAUAAAACCAAGAAAAAUAAACUUUGCGAAUUAAAUGUGCCACACCUUUAUUGAGAAAAAAAACGACCGACAGACAUAUUUUCAUUCUCCCGCAUAUGAUAUAGAGGAUCAACGAUUUAAUUGUCACGAAAAAUCAAAAUUGCACAUCGCAGAUGAAUGAGUCGCGUGAUUAUAAGGGGAAAUUCGUCCCCUUGGACGAAUCGAGCUGUAUACAUAUUUUGUACAUAACUGUACCAAAAAUAAAAUGAGAAAAUUAAAAUAAUUCGUGAGCGAGACAUAAUCGUCGUCUGCAUUCGUCUCUCAUUGUUUUCGACGAAUAUCAUAUGAAAGAAUAUACUUAGCGUAUGUUUGUACAAAUAAAUGAUUUAUUCGCAUCUCUGGAAGAAAAAAAGAUAUAUUAUACAUAUAUAAGAGAUAAUUUUUCCAUGAUUCUUUAAUGUUUAUAUAUAAUUUAUAUUCCGAUGACUGUAUAGAUGAGAUAUGGCAUCGGACAGAUUUUAAUAUUCAAAGUAAUAUCGAGAAACGUUAUACAGUUAAAACUAUAUAGUCGAUGUUAGAAGAGAAAUAGAGCGAAAAGCUAUAUAUUUUAAAAUACAUUUUUAAUUGAAUUCCUGCGUUUUAUUGAAUUUUUCAUACAUAUUGUAUAUUUACUAUUAUAUGGGUGUGCUACAAAUAAAAUGCUUAUGUAAAACUAAGCGAUAAAUAAUACUACUACUAUAUUUCACUGUUUACAGUUAUCUGAUAUUUUUUUCAUGCUCUGUUAUCGGUGAUUCCGUUCUGAAAACAAAAAAGUUCUUCAUUUCCUGCGUAUAAAAAUGUAUUGCAACAAGGUACGCACAUGAAAUAUUUAUCAUCGUAUACCAGUCAUCAUUAUACUCUCGAGGCGAAUGCAUGCGCUCAAAAUAUAGUCGUGCAGUUUCCGAAAAUAGACAAAGCUGUACGUAAAGUGCUCUAUCCAUACAGAAAAAAUUUUUUAUUUCCACAACUCGAACAAAACUGUCGCGGAUGAGAAAUUAUUCAGUUUGGCAUUUCAUCGACGGAGCUCUUUUCGAAAAAUAUCUCUGUAUACCGGACUCUUCUCAUUGCCGUAAUUAUAUCACGAUGACACACGGGAAUAAUAACACAAAGGCACACGACGUAUCUGCUGCUGUAACUAUAUAUAACAUAUACAUAUAUAGCGUUAUGUAAAUGCGUUCACGUGGCUUCGCUUGUACAAUCCACUUUUUACGCACACAAGCGUGUCAGCUCACAUCUAUGUGCUAUUCAAUCGAGAAAAUUGGUGGCUCUUGGUAUAGGGUUAUUAUAAAACGAAAAAAUACAGUGUGUGAGGUAUACAAUAUGGGAGAGCGAGUCAACGAGCAAUUUUAUAAAUUGAUCUCUAGCGGCGAAUUUUGCAUUCUGGCAAUAUGUGCGCGACGAUAUACGCUUAGGUAAGAUCGAUGUGUUUCACUUCGCAAAAAAACGCACCGUUUGGAUAUAAUUGUGCAACGAUAGGAUAUACACAAGAAUGAUUCUAAUCCUGAAACUGUUUCAUUUCUCGUUCUCGCGCGGUUGAAAAGUAUAGAUCGUAUGUCAAUUUGAAGAUACUUAAGUAGUUACGGCAAUGCGUAAUCGGACGUGCAUAUCGAAGGCCAUACUCGUAGUUGGCUUUAUGGUUUUUACUAGAAAUGUCGUUAAAUUUGAGUUAUAUACUUUUACAAAAAAUGUACACAACGAUUUUUCGUGCAAGAAGUUACAAUUUCAGAACUAAAAUCAACAAAAAUAGUCCAAGAAACAAUAGCUUUAUAGUUCAAGAAUACUUUGAAUUCUCCGAACACCAUAUCACGCAAACUGCGGCACAACACAGCACUGACAAUCGCAUAAUUCUAAUCAUUGUCUUCUUACCAUCGUUAUAUAUUGUAACAUCGGAAGAUGUAUGUACGAAAAUCCACACGGCGACUUUUUACGCGGCUACUGCACCUUUGAAAAGUAUUCGAAAAUUGUGCAUAAUUUGUUAUAAUUCUUUCUAUAUAUUCAUUAAUGAUGUGUGCGUUUUCUUCCUAUCGAACUUCCACCCGAUAACAUUAUUUGCGAAUCGACCGAUUUAUUUCGUAAAUAUCACACGAUUGUACAUAUCGACAAUUUGAUAUGUGUAAAUAUUGCAGAAAAUGUGAAAAAGUUUGAACCGCUCUUUUGCUUUGUUGUUCAGUAAAUUAACGCGAGUCAUUCUCCGAGAAUCAUCAACGAUCUGUGCGCUUUUGUCGAGUUGAAAAUGGUAAACGGAAUCGAGUAAUUUAAAAUUAAGAUUUGAGGGCUAAGGGUUGGAAAACAGUUUGAAUAAUCUAGAAACUUUAAGAAUGCUUAACGCAUUACAAGCGGCCUAUAGAAACAAGCCGAUUAUACUUACAAAUUUUUAAAAAUACGUAAUUUGUACUUUCUAUUUGCCAAGCAUAUUAUAUUAAUUCAUUGAUAGAUUCUUGUAAAGAUACGUCUUAAAAAGUUCAAAAUUAGCUUUUAUCGUCUCAACUUAUUCGAUAAAAUAUAAGCAUUAUAUUAUCAUAGAUUCUAAUCGAUAAACGUAAUCAAGAUAUUGAUUGACUGGGACCACCUUUAAGUUGAUUUUUCUGCUGAUGCAACACAGCAGCGGGUCCAAUAAAAAAGUCGAUUCAUCCGAAUUGAAGUCUUCGAUUCGAAAUAAAAUAAAUUGAUCUCGGAGAAUCGCUCGUUACUAUUUCAAAAUUGUAUUCGAGAUAUAACCAGAAUAGACUUAUGCGACAGGGUAAACGUUAUAGAAAAAAAUGUAAGAUUCCUUUUUUCGACGUCAAUUCAUGUAAUUAAUAUCUCAAACGGUCGUAAGAAUCAAAACGACGGAAGGUCGAUCGAAAAGUUUGCUAUAUAUAAAUGCACGCGUAUUAUACACUUUUCUGAUUAUUUCCUCCGAGUAUUUCAAACCACGUGAGAUCUACAAGAUAAAUGAAGCACACAUACCGAAAACUAUUUCGAAUUUCUAAUUGUUUGUGAUUUUUCCUUCGUCCGUGUAUAAGAAAAAAACUGAAUUUUCUCGAUGUAAUUUAAAAUUGUAACAGACGACACAUCACAAGGAACAUUAAACAUAUUAUAUAAUAUGUAUACACUCGUACGACACACCCACACAAUAAUAUCUCUGCUCUCACUGAUUUACACAAGUGAGUAACAUAAUUCAACAAAAAAAAAAAAA